AUGGAACAACAACCUUCACAACAUUCUUUGGUCCCAUCGAUUAACGAAGAUGUAAGAGAGACGAAUUUUGAAUUUGUAAAUAGCUCUGCUUUGCUGAACGCCGAUGGCAUUCCAGCGAGUUUGCCUUCAUUGGCAUCAAGCGAUCAUGACGUUCAGGUUUCUUUACCAGAAAUAAAAGUAAAUGGGGAAAGUGUAGAACAAAUGCUAUCUGAGAUUUUGUUGGACGAUUCACCGCCUCCAGCUGGUGAGAUAGUUUCGAAAGCUCGUUCAGCGAGUGAAGUCUACAAGGACAAGCUUCAAAAGGCCAUGUCAUCAUUUGAUUGUGUCCUUGCUAGACAAAAAAGGAAAUAUUUGAUUUUUACCUGUUCUGGAAAGCCAGUGUUUAGCAACAUCGCUGACGAAAACCUUGAACCAUCAACUGUUGCCGCUUUGCAGGCAAUUAUAAGCUCCUUUGAGGUUCUUAAAGAGGACUUAACUUGCUUUGAGACCCUUUCUACAAUCAUCGUCGCUCAUUCAGCUGGCCCUCUAUAUUUGGUAUGUAUUUCGCCAUUGACGACGCUUUCACCGGAUUUUAUGAAAAAUGAGUUGAAGCUUCUCUACCAUCAGAUAUUAAGUACUAUUACAAAUAAAUCUAUUUCAUCAAUUUUGGACUCAAGACCCAACUUUGAUUUACGACGUCUCAUUGGAAGCAGCGAACAGUUUUUAAAGGUAUUAUCAAGCGACCUCGAGAAUUAUGAACCUUUUUCGUUUUUAAAUGCUAUAUCUCCUCUUCCUUUACGCGUGUCUUUUCGAGAUCAACUUUCUCAGUUGCUACUGAAAGAGAAACCCAAGUCCCUGAUAUUUGCUCUUAUAGUCGUACAGGGCCGAUUAGUUUGCGCUAUCAAGGCAAGAAAACUCAUGCUACAUGCUAGUGAUCUUUAUUUAGUUUUCCUCUCGGUUUUUGGUACCCAGGCCUUCAAUGAUUCAAUGGAGCAUUGGGUUCCCAUCUGUUUGCCCACUUUGAAUCCUAACGCUUACUUUUAUAUGUACACUAACUUUAUACAUCCGGACGUCGCACUAAUUUUAGCGAGUAACGAAAGUUCUAGUUUCUUUGAUAUGCAGGCAAUGAGAAACACUGUUUUCACUCGUUUAAAAGAGAGGUGUUGGCUUCAAAAAAUUGUACAUGCUGCAGAGCUCGAUCAAGUCUCUUUCCGAAAUCCAGGGUUUCCUUGUAUUUUGCAUUACUUGUUUUAUUCCAAAAAAUAUUCUCAAUUCUAUGGCCCAGGAUACAAAUUUAAUGCAAAGGAUAAUGUUAAAAAACUUUAUGCCGUCUACGCCAGCUUACAUGAUCAAGUGUAUUAUAAAAAGCGAUCUUUGUCUAUUGACGUGGAAAUUCAUGGAACUUUAAUGCUUUUUACCUGGUCUACAUCUUCAUUCAAUUUUUAUUGUGUCGCUAAUGCAAAUGAGAAUUUGCAAAUUCCGAUCGCCAAUAUAAACAAAAUUCUUCGAUGGAUUCGGAGAGAAGAAUCACGCUUAUUUAUAUGUACAAAUCUUUCGUUUUAA